AGCAGUAACAAUGGCGUCCGAGAAGGUGGAGACCAUAGUGGCGGGGAACUAUGUCGAAAUGGAAACCGAAGGCAGCUCUAAGUCUGCUAAGAGCAAACUAUCGAAGUUCUUCUGGCAUGGUGGUUCUGUCUACGAUGCAUGGUUCAGCUGUGCUUCUAACCAGGUGGCACAAGUGCUUCUCACCUUGCCUUACUCAUUUUCACAACUGGGGAUGUUGUCUGGGAUUCUUUUCCAACUGUUUUACGGGUUGAUGGGGAGCUGGACUGCGUAUCUAAUAAGUGUACUUUAUGUUGAGUACCGGACUAGAAAAGAAAGAGAAAAAGUAGAUUUUAGGAACCAUGUUAUUCAGUGGUUUGAAGUUCUUGAUGGGCUUCUGGGGAAACAUUGGAGGAAUGUAGGGCUGUUUUUCAACUGUACUUUCCUUCUAUUUGGUUCUGUAAUUCAGCUAAUUGCCUGUGCAAGUAACAUCUACUACAUUAAUGACAAUCUUGACAAGAGAACUUGGACUUACAUCUUUGGUGCCUGCUGUGCUACUACUGUUUUCAUCCCUUCAUUCCAUAAUUACAGAAUUUGGUCGUUUUUGGGUCUGAUGAUGACAACUUACACUGCGUGGUACCUAACCAUUGCAUCCCUAAUCCAUGGGCAGAUUGAAGGAGUGAAACACUCAGGCCCAGCAAAAAUGGUUCUAUAUUUCACUGGAGCUACCAACAUUCUGUACACAUUUGGUGGACAUGCUGUGACAGUAGAGAUAAUGCAUGCAAUGUGGAAGCCACAAAAGUUCAAGCUGAUCUACUUGAUGGCAACACUCUAUGUCCUAACCCUAACUCUACCAUCAGCAAUUUCUGUUUAUUGGGCCUUUGGGGACAUGCUCCUCAACCACUCUAAUGCUUUCUCUUUACUGCCAAGAUCUGGAUUUAGAGACACUGCUGUAAUUCUCAUGCUCAUACAUCAGUUUAUAACAUUCGGAUUCGCAUGCACUCCACUGUACUUUGUGUGGGAGAAGUUCCUAGGGAUGCAUAACACCAAGAGCUUAUUCAAGAGAGCUCUAUCCAGACUACCUGUGGUGAUCCCUAUAUGGUUCCUGGCCAUCAUAUUCCCCUUCUUUGGCCCCAUCAACUCCACAGUCGGUGCUCUCCUUGUCAGCUUCACUGUUUAUAUAAUCCCUGCCUUGGCACACAUGAUAACCUUCGCUCCUGCUUCAGCAAGAGAGAAUGCAGUAGAGAGACCCCCAUCAUUUAUCGGAGGUUGGGCAGGCUUAUACUGCAUGAAUAUUUUCAUUGUAGCUUGGGUUUUGGUGAUAGGAUUUGGAUUUGGAGGAUGGGCAAGCAUGAUAAACUUCGUUCACCAAAUUGAUACAUUUGGGGUUUUCACCAAGUGCUACCAGUGUCCCCCUCGCAAGGCUUAAUAUAUGUAGACUUCUACAAAGAAAAACAAGUGUUUGCAAUACAAUUAUAUCAUAUGCAGAUGGAUUGAUUUUGUAAUUUGUGUGUUAAUCAUUCCCUUCAAGGAUAGUGUAACCCCCACCCUUUGCUCUUUUGGGAUUCUCCUAAUUUUUGCUCUCUGAUCAUAUGUUGCUUGUAUUCUAA